AUGGGCGAUGCAGUGGGUGGGGGCGGCUGCAGCAAGGGCAAGGCCGGAGCAGCAAGACCCCCCGAGGCCGUCGGCAGGAUGGCGAGGGUUGAGGAGGCGGCGGUCAUGGCCCCCGAGUCCAGCAGCGGGAUAGCGGGGGCGGACAAGCCGGCCGUUGAAGCAUCGACGUGCGCAGGAGUGGCCACAGGUGGCGCGUUGACGUGCGUGGCCGCGGCGGUUCUCGGCAGUGGAGGCGGGGCCGAGAACAUCGAGCCCACAACGGUUGUGCCAAAGAACUGCGGCAUCUGCGGAGCAAGCGGUGAUGGAGGUGAGUUGAGGAGGGCGGCAAGCGAUGCGGGGGAGAAACCCGGAACCGGCGGCGCCCGAAGCAGAAGUGGUCAUGGUGAUGGAGGUGGGGGGUGGGUGGCGGAGGUGGCCAACGAUGGGGAAGAGUGGUGCGGCGGCGGCUAG